UACCAAGACGUUGUAGUUUAUGAUAUGUCCAAACAGUCAAAUCUUGAGGAAUUCGCCAAAACAAAGUCACCCGUAAAACUAAAGAAUGUAGCAGUUGAAGAUCAAACGUUAAUUGUCAAAAGACAAACACAAAUCGUAAAACUGCCAGUCUUGAACUUCCAUUACGAUGCAAAAACUACAAAAACAUACACUAUUGCUGAUUUACUGAAGGAUUCUCCUCUGGACAAAACACUGGUAGACAUCAAACUGGCCAAAGUUCUACACAUCCAUCCAGCCGUUUUGAAGACUAUCCCAUACACCAAUAGAGAAAAAGAAAGUAACACCAGUGAUAAUUGGUGA